GUGCCUCUGCUAGUCACGGACACUUCUGAAUUAUUAAAUGCUAAUAUAUUAUUUAUUGGUAUUGUCCCUGAGUGGAACCGUUUUCACAUGACGUGACAUUUUAACUCUCACGAGCAGUUGCAACACGAUCAAGGUGCACCGCGCAUUGGGUAACACUUUGCACCGAUGGUCACACGGCGAACAGUUCGCGGCUGAAUCCGGUUCCAGGAAACACACAGAAGCCACAGUCGAGCGAGAGCUCAGGUAAAGGAUUACGGAACCAACCUACCACGAUUACAUCAUGGCGGAAUUGGAGCCCAAACUGACGGAUGAACAAAUUGGAGUUCAAAACUUUCCUUGUUCUGAUCCAGAAUUCCGAGAGGCCUUCACGAUGUUUGACCGUGACGGUGAUGGACGGAUCACAGCCAAGGAGUUAGGAACCGUCCUCCGAUCUCUGGGACAGAACCCUACCGAGGGGGAACUUCGAGAUAUGAUCAACGAUGUGGACAUAGACGGAAAUGGGACAAUCGAGUUUGACGAGUUUCUUCGGAUGAUGGCGAAGCGACAAAGCGAGGUGGACGAGCAGAAGGAUAUUACCGAUGCGUUCAAAGUGUUUGACCGUAACGGCGAUGGCUUUAUCAGCGCCUCGGAACUGCGACACGUCAUGACAACCUUAGGCGAGCAGUUGAGCGACGACGAGGUGGAAAACAUGAUCAAAGAAGCCGACGUGGACGGCGAUGGAAUGAUCAACUACGAAGAGUUUAUUCGCAUGAUGAUGACGAGAUAGAUCCCUGUUUUCUGGUGGACCUUCUGCCGCUCCCUAACGUCUGUGGGAUGCAGGAAUUCACCUACAACGAAUGAGGACAUAUUGUCAACAGCGCUAUGCGGAUCUGAGUAAUACUGUGCACCUGUUACACUCGUUACAGCCGAGAACAGAAAAAAAACACUAAAAGCCUCAGUGAUGGAAUGGAAGGGAAAAUCUGCCGAUCACUAAACUAGAGGAACACCGCUUGUGGUCCUUUUGUGUCUCUAGUCAUUAUGUGUACGAAUUGUCUCAUUUGAUAACUCCAUGAUUUACCUUCGCGCUUACCGAUUGGUUUAUAUAUGUGAUACGGGACCAAUGAACGUACGUGUUACAUACACAUAAAUUAGAGAUCUAAGAUUUCCAAAGAAGCAUUGAAUGGUUCCUCAGCUAAUCAGAUGAAAUGUGCAUGAAGUGUAAGCUGUCUUAAGCAUAAAAUUGUAGUUAGGAACUCAGAUAUAAAUUAUUCUAGAUCAUUCAUAUUUCUUGAACUUACAAGAAAAUCUCUGUUCCUCUGUGAGAUCUCUGUAUCAACAUACCAAAAUAUAAGUGUAUCAUGGCGUAUUUAUUGUCUCUGGGGAUAGAGGUGCGGAGGGAAAUGCACAAGUUGUGCAGUUCUAGUGCUAUAUAAUGUGUUAGAAUUCUCUUCAGCAACGGAAUUAAGAGCGCACUUUUUUCCAGUAAUCUUAUAGUGAAAUAUAGUCAACUGCAAUGUUUAUUACACUAAUACAAACAUUUAUCUGCUCUGCACAGCACUGUGUGUAUAUAAUUGCGUAUAGACCAGGCAAAACCUAAGACAUGAGCAAUUUUGAUAACAAAUUUGUAAACCUAACAUUUGAUGCUGAAUUAAAAUGUAUAUCUGUCAUCAGUUAUUAGGCACUGGGAAUGUUUUAGUUGAGUCUCUGUCUGACGAUGCUUUUAUUUAUACCCAAUGUCAAGAUUAUACUGAUGCUUUACUGCUUUGGGAUGCCUCCAACCAUAUUGCUAGGAAAGAUCCUUGUCCUGAAAGAAUACCAGAACAUAAUUUAAAUGAAACAAACGGAAUAUGAAUACUAGUAUCAUUAAUGUCAUUCCUUGAUAAAGUCUUAUCUGUGUCAAGACGAAAAACAGAAUAUAGUGUUCAAUACAUCUUUGUUUUAAAUUUAUCAAAUGUGUAUUUUUUUCUUAUGACUUUUCCGGGAAUAUUCGCCUCCAACAUACUCGUUAUUUCUGUUCAAAUACUCUCAGUAAAUAGAGAAGCAUUGCGACCACUUCAUUGAAAUAUUAAUGUCAUUUUGAUUCAAAUUUCGUUUUAAUUUUUUGAUUCCUGAAAAUACUUAAAAUUUAGCUGAACUACUGAAGAAAACAAACAGUAUUUGAUUGGAGUUGUCACACUUCAAUACUUAUGUUUUUUAGAAUACUCGUCAUUAGUUAGAAGACUUUCACACAUAUUUUCUUGUGCAGAAAACAGGGCCUUGUAACUAACCCAUACCCACUGAACCACCUUGAUUCCUUUACAACUAUAUGUGUAUAUUCUAAUAAAUAAACAUUGAUUAUUUACCAUGA